UUAGCAUUAUUUAGCAAAUUUAGUAUUUGAGGUUAGAUUGGUCUGCCAACCAGACAAAGUUUGUUUUAUAAUAAUAACUGUGCUUAAAAGAACAUAAAACGUUAAAAAUAUUUAAAAAUGGUUAUUACAGAGACAACCGAUGUGGAGAUGAAAAGUGCCGACAGUCCUCCAGGUACUGAAGCUGUUGACAAGAAAGAUACAGAUUUACAAAAUAUCGUGGAAAUACGAGAACAGUCCCGACAAAUAGAAAAGGCGGUUUCAAACAAAGAAAAUCGUUUCAUAUCACGCGUCCUACGAGGUCUCCCAACGACCCGUCGUAAAUUAAAUGGCAUUGUUUUGAAGGGAUUAAUAAAUCAACUAUUUCCUCAAGGUGAAAAAGAUGCAUUACUCUGUUUUGUAGAAGACACCUCAGGGGGUUCAGAUGCAGACUCUAAUACCAGAUCACGUUCUGCCACGAAGUCUCCCCUACCAGAGGUAGAUGUGUAUAUACAUCUCUUAAUUUUAGUUCGUUUAAUUGACAACAAUAAACUUCCUGAAGCUGAACGUUGUGCACAAGCUCUUAUGCAAAAAAUUGUAAGCCAAAAUCGCCGCAGCUUGGAUCUAUUGGCAGCCAAAUUUUAUUUUUAUUAUUCAAGAGUUGCUGAAUUGUCAAAUAAGCUAGAUUCUAUUCGUGGUUUUCUGUUGUCAAGAUUAAGAACUGCUACUUUGCGAAAUGACUUUGAAGGGCAAGCUGUGCUCAUAAAUUGCCUUUUAAGAAACUAUUUACACUAUUCAUUAUAUGAUCAAGCUGAGAAACUAGUAAGCAAAUGUGUAUUUCCUGAAAUAGCAAGCAAUAAUGAAUGGGCACGUUUCUUGUACUAUUUGGGAAGAAUAAAAGCUGCCCAUUUAGAAUAUGGUGUUGCUCAUAAGCAUCUCGUUCAAGCUAUGCGAAAAGCGCCCCAAAAUGCAGCCGUUGGUUUCCGACAAACUGUUCAAAAGUUACUGGUUGUUGUGGAAUUACUUUUAGGUAAUAUUCCAGAGAGACAAAUAUUCAGACAGGCAACGAUGAGACGUUCAUUGGCUCCCUACUUCCAGCUGACUCAAGCAGUACGAAUGGGCAAUCUUCAACGUUUCGGGGAAGUCCUUGAAAAUUUCGGUCCACAAUUUCGUCAGGAUCACACUUUCACUUUGAUCCUGCGUCUACGUCAUAACGUUAUUAAGACUGCUGUUCGUUCAAUAGGACUUUCGUAUUCUAGAAUUUCUCCUCAAGACAUUGCCAAAAAACUUGGAAUUGAUUCAGCUGAAGACGCUGAAUUCAUUGUCGCUAAAUCGAUAAGAGAUGGCGUUGUGGAGGCUACUCUCGAUCCAUCCGGGGGAUAUAUGCGCAGUAAAGAAAGUACCGAUAUUUACUGUACAAAGGAACCUCAGAACGCUUUUCAUCAAAGGAUUGCCUUUUGUUUGGAUUUACAUAAUCAAAGUGUAAAAGCGAUGCGUUAUCCUCCUAAAGCAUAUGGAAAAGAAUUAGAAUCUGCAGAAGAACGUCGAGAAAGGGAACAACAAGAUCUAGAAUUAGCUAAAGAAAUGGCUGAGGAAGAUGAUGAUGGCUUUCCAUAAAUUUGUGGUGUCUUAAUUUAAUCAAUUAUAUACUUUUGUUCUUAGUUCACAACUCAUUUGUAACUUUGUCAAGUAGCAUAAUACCUUUUUCAGCUUUACGAGUAUCCAAACACUUUAUUAGAAUUGUGUUAUUUCUUAUUUCCUGUUUAAUAAAUUUUUCUGCGAUUAUUGAUAAUUAUUGUAGCAGUUGCUAAUUCUGAAAAAAUAGCAAAUAGCAGUUUUAAGUCAUUAUUAAACUAAUUUAUGUAGCG